UGCCUGCCAAUAAGACUUGACGGCGAUGUGCCAUCAAUGACCGCGGGGAGAGCAUCGGAGUCACCGCCCGGGGCCCAAGGAAGUGGUGGGCUGUGGCCAUAUAUUGAUAGGAUUUUAGAGAAUAUCAUUAAUUUAGAUGGAAGAAAUUCCUACAAAAAGACCACGUGUGGAACUGUUGAAUGAUGUUCAUUCCCAUCCUGCUAAAAGCAAUGAAAAAGAUGAAACCUAUAGUGAGGAACAGUAUUCAUCGAUGAGUAAAUACUUCCAGAAAUCAGUGCGUCGACUCAAAUCUGAUUUUUAUGAGCAACCAUGUAUCACACUCGCAAAAAACCUAUUGGGACAAAUUUUGGUCAGAAAACUGCCAGAUGGAACAGAACUUCGAGGAAGAAUUGUAGAAACUGAAUCCUACUUGGGAGGUGAAGACCAAGCUUCUCAUUCAAGAGGGGGGAAACAGACUGAAAGAAAUAUGGCAAUGUUCAUGAAGCCUGGAACCAUGUAUGUAUAUCAAAUUUAUGGCAUGUACUUCUGUAUGAAUAUCUCUAGUCAGGGCGAUGGAGCUGCAGUCCUUCUACGAUCUCUUGAGCCAUUAGAGGGUCUACACCAUAUGCAAACGUUCCGAAGGAAUCUGAGAAAAAGCAACUCAAAACCACUGAAAAACAAAGAUCUGUGCAAUGGACCAUCAAAGCUCUGCCAAGCCAUGGUUUUAGAUAAGAGUUUUGAUAGAAGGGACCUUGUUACUGACCCAAUGGCAUGGCUAGAAGAAGAAGAAAAUAAAAUCGCCGAUAAAGAUAUUGUGUCUUGUGAACGUGUUGGCAUUGGCAACGCAGGAGUAUGGACAUCUAAACCAUUGCGGUUUUAUAUCAGAGGAAACAUAUAUGUCAGUAUUCGAGACAAAACUGCAGAAGCGUGAUGCACAGAUUCUUAUUCAAAUA